AUGGCAGAGAAUGUUAACAGCGCUGCUACUACUACUACUACUACUGUUUCUGCCCCAGCCUCUACUGAGUCUACAGCUAGAAAAGGAUCUGAUGUUUGGAAAUACUUUAAGAAAGUGAACGGAGAAGCCAAGGCCAAGUGUGACAUUUGCCAGAAUCUAUUGGCUUAUAGAGGUAGAACGACAAAUUUGAGAGAUCACAUAGUUGCUAAACAUCCCUUGUUUUACUCUCCAAGUAGCAACAACACUACAACCAAGACAUCCGCCACUACAAAGAAGACACAGGGCACUCUCUCUGUCAAAUCUAAGAUGUGUUCCGAAGCGGAAUCCAAAGCUAUUACAGAGUGUAUUUUUUACAUGAUCUGUGCUGAUCUUUCCGUGAAGUUGGAAGCACUUCAUAGCCUGUUGCAGAUGAAAUACUCGACCUGUAAAGGAUCUCUGCGUACUAAACUGGAAGAGUCAAGAAACAUUGCUUUGACAACAGAUAUUUGGCCAAGCAGAGCAGUGGAGGCAUACAUUACUGUAACAGCUCACUUUUUUGAUUCAUCAUGGAAGCUGAACGCCUACGUUCUUGAAACUACAGCUUUUCCCGAGCGCCAUACUGGAGUAGAAAUAGCAGCUAAGCUGCAGGAUAUCGUGGACGAUUUCAACAUUAACUCUCACAUAUCUGUCAUUGUUCAUAACCAAACUGCAAAUAUGCUCUCUUCCCUAGAUAUCCUGGACUCUAAGAGAGGCUGGAAGAGCCUUAACUGUGUAGCUCAUUGCCUGCAACUUUGCUUAAAACCAGGCUUUGAGAUAGCAGCAAUUAGCAGAUUCAUGUCACCAGCUAGAAAGUUCAUUGGUCAUUUCAACCAUAGUGUAGUUGCUACUGAAGCGUUGAAGAGGAAACAACAACAGAUGAGUACAGAUAGCAAUUGCAAGUUUGAGAAGCUAAUCAAAGACUGUCCAACUAAAUGGAACCCUUCAUUUUUGAUGCUACAACCUGAUGAUACAGUCACUAAAAGGAGCGAUCGGUACUUAGACCUGAAAGGUGAGCAGUGGGAGAUUGCUUCAGAGCUAGUCAAGGCCCUUAAACCAUUUGAUGUUGCUACAACAUUUUUUAGCUAUGAAGAGAGUCCAUCAAUCUCAUGCGUUCUUCCUAUACUACAUGGUAUAGUGCAGAGUUUAAGUGCAGUAGUUGAUGAGCCUUCUGUUAUACAUAAGUUUAAAGAGGAAGUCAGUGGGGAAAUUAAGAGAAGAUGGAGUUUUGAUGCCUUUACUUAUGAUACUAUUUUGUUAUUGAGCUUAAUGCUAGACCCAAGAUUUAAAUCACUUUCAUUUAUUACUGAUCCAGAUAUAAAGGAGAGCAUUAAGGAAGAAGUCUUGAGCAGAAUGGAGAAGAUUAAAGAGAAAGAAAGAAGCAGCAAGUAUAGAGAUUGA